AUGACUAGUGGUAAUUGCAAUAAAUAUAUAUGUGGUGGUAACAAAUCGAUUCAAAAGUUAAAACUAUUUCGUAUCCCUAAAAUAUUUAAUUAUGAUGAUUUAUUUAAAAUAUUUAUGAAUUAUACUUAUAAAAUGUCUACACUUUCAAAUACUAUAUUAUUAUUAUUUGUUAUAUUGGCAUCUUUUGUUGUAAGUGCAAACACAUUAAAUAUCGAAAGUUGUGAUGACACCACUUUUGUGUUUAAUAAUGUGAGCAGUCCGUGUGGUGUUACCGAUUGCUAUUCGGUGUGGGGCCAAGGAGUUUGCCAGACAACAGCUAAUGGAGACUAUCAAUGUAUUUGCAAUCCACUCUACAAUGGUGAUCAAUGUCAAUACAACAACGAUACCACCCACAAUUGGGACAUUAUGAAUUGUCAGAAUGGUGGUCGUUUCUGUCCACCUACUUAUUCUCCUUUACCUGUCAAUAGAACCUGUGUUUGUCCACCAACAUACCAAGGUGUAGAUUGUAGUGUUUGUACAUCCAACACUGCAUGUUCCUCUGGUUACGAAUGUGAUAAUUCCAUUUAUAUCUAUCAAAACAAAUCGUACAGCUGUCUGGGAACUUCUCAGGCUAUCAACCAAGACUUUGGUAAUGCAAAUGUAUCGGUAUCUAUGCAAUGUGGCUUUACAGGAUCUUCUUCAUCGAAUACCGGUUCAUGUAAUUUUAAUAUUUUUUACAAACCAACGGGUGAACCAAAAUUUAUUGGUUGUCAACUAUCACAAUGCACUGUUGAUAUCGAUGGAAGUGGGGUUCAACACAUUAAAUGUGAAAGCACUGCAUGCAAAUGUACAACUUAUUGCUCAAUUUUCAUUACUGAAAUCAUUAAUGAAAUGGUAGGACCAUCUGAAUUCGACUGCCAACCCAAUGGAAAUUGUGUUUACAGUCAAGAUGUAUUCAAUGCAAUGUUCCCCGAAUUUUCAAUGAAUUGCCAUGCUGGUGAAUGUCGUCCUCAAGAAUAA